AUGAGCGGUGCCCCCGACGCAUCCGCACCGCCGCGAAAGAAGCCCAGGACUUGCAAGAAGAAGGCGUCCGCGGCAUCCGAGAAGAAGGCACCACCCAAGGUCGAGCCCGAGCCCGAGCGAGAGCGGUGCGAGCGCACGAAAGCGAACGACGCCGCCGGGAAGAUUUCAACAAGAUCCUCGACGAAAGAAGCGCCAAAGGCAGAGAAAUCGAACGCGUUCUCAACGGGUAGUGCGCCAGCGACGCGUGUGGCCGAACUGACGUGUCAAACAACUUACGACGUGGUCAGAGCUCGAUGCGGCUUCUGCCUGAAGAAAAAAAGCAUGCAUAUAAACUUGUAUGAGAGCUCUAUCGUGAAGUUGUUUCAGGAGGAUCCUGAUCCUAAGCAAGCCCUGGCUUGGAUGCAGGGAAACGGCGUGGCCUAUGAAGUUAGAUCGGCGCUGCGCGCGCUUCUGAAAACGAAUAAGUUCGAUUUGUUCACUUACCUGUUCGAGACGACUCGCGAAAAGACGUUUCCGAUAUCUGCGCCGGGCAUUCUGAACGAGUUUUUCAACGAGCUAGUCUCGAACGCGUACGGACUGAUCACAGGCGACGGGGUGAACUUGGUGCCGAUUGAAAAGUACUUGAAAUUUUUGAUCGAUUCUGGUGCCAAGGCUCAACCACGAAACGUGAACGCUGUUCUCAAUAACGGUGUGUGGACUGAUGGACGAUCAGAAACAUCUGAAAAGUUGCUGCACUUCUUGAAAAACGAGGGCGGUGUGAGCCCGGAUGUUUCACACGCCGAGGUUGCUCUUUUGCGAUCAAACAUCAACGGGCUCAAAUUUCUUCAUGACGUAAUGGGUGUUCCGUAUCAGGCUUAUCACGUGUCGAUGGCAUGCGAAAACUUGGAUGCUAAGACCGUCAAAUUUCUGAUCGACGACGCUGGUGUGAAUCAUGAUAUCGACGAGCUUUAUGCGAGCUUACGAGACGCUUGGCUCCACUCGGAGACGUUACACGAUAGGCGGUACGAAGAUCCUUUCAGCAUUGAGCGUAAAUACAAUGAAUUGAAGAAGUACUUGCGCGCGAAGAAAGGAUGGUCUCCCGAACGCGAUCGUGAACGCUUGCGCACGAUCUUAACGCUCUUCGAGAAUCACAAGGAGACUUUUCAAACCGCGAUUUACUUAGAUAUGUGCCAAUUCCUUAAGCGCCUGCAUCAAGAGACGCUGAUGAACGAUUAG